CACUUCGAGACGUGUACAGUUCGGUUCACACAGAAUUCUAGUUUUCAAAAAAAAAAAACCGAUAUUUAAAAAAAAAAAAUGGAGAACAAAUGCGAGGGCGAGCAACCAUCGACAUCCGGUGCAUUCUGUAGGUGCUCCGAGUCCAGGGUUGGUAUAUCUUCCGCUCAGUCGGAGUACUCCCUGGACACCACGCCGGAAGCUGUGAUGGCGAAUGCGGGCCGUCUGGAGAACGAGAACGAUGGUAACGAUACCGAUGAGGAGGUGGAGAUCAACUUCACCAGCUUGAUGCCCGAUCACGGUAAGCGCCUGUAUAUGGACUGCAAGCUGUCACUUCCGGCAGGCGGAAGCGUGCCCAUGCGCGGCGGCGCAGAAGCCAUUUCCACUUCCCUACACGUCAGCAUGAGUUCUCCGGAAACUUGCUAUGACCGGCUGAGAAAUACUGCAGUCGAGGUGCGCAAUUGGAAAUUGCAGAAGCUGGACAUGGCUUGUCCGCUGAGCAACUGCGACUUGAUGUUCAAUUCUACGGAGCUUCUAAGUCACUUCCUGAUGCACCACGGGCAGAUUAUUACAAUGAAUAUGAGACCCAAGGAGCCGAAGACUCUGAAGCUGUUUGGAAAAUCCUUGACCGAGGACAGGGGCAAAACCAACUGUGUUGGUCUGAUGAUCUACGAGAGUGGCAACAACUUGACCCGUAACUUCAAUCUGCCCAAUACAUACAAGAACUGGGAGAGCCAUUUGCCCGUCCUGAUAAUGCUGUGGAAGACUUCCUGGGACUCGAUGCCCAUCGGACCGCGGGUGACCCAUAUCUAUAUUCUCUGGCUGUACUGUCCCCAGGCCCAGACGCCGUUGAUGGUGUCCGUGGAUAUCGGAAGAAACACUCCGGGGCGGGCACGUCGGCAGGUGAUUCAGACCUGUCCCAGCUCGGAGAUCCUGGAGAAUUGCGAUCUGCUUUCGGACAGUCCGAACUUCAUGCGAUUCACACAUCGCGAAAUGAAGGAACACACUGGAGACUACACGCUGGACAUCGACCUGCAGCUCACCAUUCUAGAGGAUGGACCUACAGUGCAGCAAAGUAUGCCCAAUCUUAAUGGGACAUUCUUCAGGGAUGACGACGACGAAAUAGAAUUUAUGGAAUAAGAGAAUACCUCCAAGCAGGAGGUAUCUAUUGGAAGCUCAGAAGGCCCUCAAGCGAACAAAACGCAAUCUCUCCCAAUGAUUUUUGGCGUGGUUUUUCAAAAUUAUUUGCAUUACUUUGAUACUGUAUCUAAAAAUGGUUUCUCAAGUUUUUCAAACUAUUUUGGAUCCCUUUAUACUUGGACGAGAUACCAUCUCAUAAGCAAUUCAACAUAUGUGAUAUUGUAAAUGUCCAUCAAAAUUGUAUCAGUAAAGAACAAAUUCCUUUUUAGAACUCAAA